GGGCCUGGAGCGGCGGCGGCGCCGGGGCGCCUGCUGGCUUUUGGUGGGGUCACACCUGUUGCCUGACUCCUCCGCAGCUCAGCCCCCCUCCCCCGUGUGGGGAUCCCCGGAGGUCGUGGAUUGCAGCCCAGACGAGUUCCGGGUCCGCUCCCCGGGGAGCACGUGGCCUGCUCGCUGCUCGAGUGCGGGGCUGGGGUCGGGACUCGGGGUCUCCGAGGCCAAAGCGGGGUCAGCCCCCGGCGAGCUGGCCAUUUUGAAAGACUGCCUCGUUCCCUCCCCAUAUCAGCUCCAGGACAGGGGCCCUUGGAGCAACUUGGCCGUGGGCUGAGCCUCAGCCCUUUUCCCCAGCUCCCCGCUGCCACCCGGGCUUCUCAGGCAGUGCAGACCCCGCGCGCGGGCCGCCUCCCCGCACCCCCAGGGCUCGAGCAGCAUGGCCUCAGGGUGGCUGGAUCAGCUAGUCUGGACUUUGACUCCUCUGCCCCAGAGCCCUGGCACCGGGCGCGGGCUACCUAGAGGAGGCUCGGGGUGGGCUGGGGGCCCCUCCGCUGCAGUCUGCUCGGUCCCUGCCAGGACCCGCCCCCUGCCUCAAGCAUUUCCCACUCGACCUGCGCACUUCUAUGGAUGGCAAAUGCAAGGAGAUUGCAGAGGAGCUGUUCAGUCGCUCCCUGGCCGACAGCGAGCUCCGCAGUGCCCCAUACGAGUUUCCCGAGGAGAGCCCCAUCGAGCAGCUGGAGGAGCGGCGGCAGCGCCUGGAGCGGCAGAUCAGCCAGGAUGUCAAGCUGGAGCCAGACAUCCUGCUUCGGGCCAAGCAAGAUUUCCUGAAGACGGAUAGUGACUCGGACCUCCAGCUCUACAAGGAGCAGGCCGAGGGCCAGGGGGACCGGGGCCUGCGGGAGCGGGAUGUGGUGCUGGAGCGGGAGUUCCAGAGAGUCACCAUCUCUGGGGAGGAGAAGUGUGGGGUGCCGUUCACGGACCUGCUGGACGCAGCGAAGAGCGUGGUGCGGGCGCUCUUCAUCCGGGAGAAGUACAUGGCGCUGUCGCUGCAGAGCUUUUGCCCUACCACCCGGCGCUACCUGCAGCAGCUGGCCGAGAAGCCUCUGGAGACCCGGACCUAUGAGCAGGGCCCUGACACCCCUGUGUCUGCUGAUGCCCCGGUGCACCCCCCUGCAUUGGAGCAGCACCCAUAUGAACACUGUGAGCCGAGCACCAUGCCUGGGGACCUGGGCCUGGGUCUGCGGAUGGUGCGUGGCGUGGUCCACGUCUAUACCCGCAGGGACCUCGAGGAGCCGUGCUCAGAAGUGGAGCUGCCAUACCCUGAUCUGCAGGAAUUUGUGGCUGACGUCAAUGUGCUAAUGGCCCUGAUUAUCAAUGGCCCCAUAAAAUCCUUCUGCUACCGCCGGCUGCAGUACCUGAGCUCCAAGUUCCAGAUGCACGUGCUGCUCAACGAGAUGAAGGAGCUGGCUGCCCAGAAGAAGGUGCCACACCGAGACUUCUACAACAUCCGCAAGGUGGACACGCACAUCCAUGCCUCAUCCUGCAUGAACCAGAAGCACCUGCUGCGUUUCAUCAAGCGGGCGAUGAAGCGGCACCUGGAGGAGAUUGUGCACGUGGAGCAGGGCCGUGAGCAGACGCUUCGGGAGGUCUUCGACAGUAUGAACCUCACUGCCUAUGACCUGAGCGUGGACACGCUGGACGUGCACGCGGACAGGAACACCUUCCACCGCUUUGACAAGUUCAAUGCCAAGUACAACCCUAUUGGGGAGUCUGUGCUCCGGGAGAUUUUCAUCAAGACUGACAACAGGGUAUCUGGGAAAUACUUUGCUCACAUUAUUAAGGAGGUCAUGUCAGACCUGGAGGAGAGCAAGUACCAGAAUGCAGAGCUGCGGCUGUCCAUCUACGGGCGCUCAAGGGAUGAGUGGGACAAGCUGGCACGCUGGGCCGUGACACACCGUGUCCAUUCACCCAAUGUGCGCUGGCUCGUGCAGGUGCCUCGCCUCUUUGACGUGUACCGCACCAAGGGCCAGCUGGCCAACUUCCAGGAGAUGCUGGAGAAUAUCUUCCUGCCACUGUUUGAGGCCACCGUGCACCCUGCCAGCCACCCCGAGCUGCAUCUCUUCCUGGAGCAUGUGGAUGGCUUUGACAGUGUGGAUGAUGAGUCUAAACCUGAGAACCACGUCUUCAACCUGGAAAGCCCCCUCCCUGAGGCCUGGAUGGAGGAGGACAACCCACCCUAUGCCUACUACCUGUAUUACACCUUUGCCAACAUGGCCAUGCUCAACCACCUUCGCAGGCAGAGGGGCUUCCACACGUUUGUGCUGAGGCCGCACUGUGGGGAGGCUGGGCCCAUCCACCAUCUGGUGUCAGCCUUCAUGCUGGCCGAGAACAUUUCACAUGGGCUGCUGCUACGAAAGGCCCCUGUUCUGCAGUACCUGUACUACCUGGCCCAGAUCGGCAUUGCCAUGUCCCCGCUCAGCAACAACAGCCUCUUCCUCAGCUACCACCGCAACCCUCUGCCGGAGUACCUGUCCCGGGGCCUCAUGGUCUCCCUGUCCACUGAUGACCCCCUGCAGUUUCACUUCACCAAGGAGCCGCUGAUGGAGGAGUACAGCAUCGCCACCCAGGUGUGGAAGCUCAGCUCCUGCGACAUGUGCGAGCUGGCCCGCAACAGUGUGCUCAUGAGCGGCUUCUCCCACAAGGUGAAGAGCCACUGGCUGGGGCCUAACUACACCAAGGAGGGCCCCGAGGGCAAUGACAUCCGUCGCACCAACGUGCCCGACAUCCGAGUGGGCUACCGCCAUGAGACGCUGUGCCAGGAGCUGGCGCUCAUCACGCAGGCCAUCCAGAGCGAAACGCUAGAGACCAUACCCGAGGAGCCGGGCAUCGCUCUGAGCCCUGGGCCCCAGUGAGCUGGCUGGCCCCCUCUGCCACACUGUCCCGGUCCUGGCUCCCUCCCUGCUGUGGUCUCUGCAUGUGUCUGUUGUUCUUCUCUGUUCUGUCUUGCAUGUAUCUGACCUGGACCUGUGAGAGCGUUUGGCUCAGAUGGCGCCUAAGGGCCCUAUUUAUUGCUGGACCUGCCAGAGCUGUCCACGGAGGUUGGGCCUGGCUGUGGGGGGCUGGCCCCCCUAGCCAUUUAAGGUUCAGCCUAUGUAAACCCAAGCUUCAGCUGGGACUCAGGUUUUGGAACCUGUUUUGUUUGUGUAACCGAGGGCUUGUCAGGUGGGGCCUGUUCACAUGCACUGUGGGUACAAGUCCUAGGGCCCCAGUGGAGAUGGACUGAGUGCUGCCUCGACUCUGCCAUGAGGCCAGCCCACUGCCUCCACCAUGUCGCUGCCUGGCAGCUGCCUCCCUCUGGUCCCAUACCCCUUUGGUGUCAGUUUCCUGUGCCUGUGUGGGUGGGGCGGCUGCCCUGGACCUGCCCCCUUUCUGCAGGGGGUACCCCAAGUGUGGUCCCUGAGUUUUGACCAGAUCUGGGUCCUGACUGGCCCUCUGUGCUGUGUUCCAAACCGAGGCCUUUGCUGUGAAAUGCAGUGUUUCAUACAGUCCCGUCUUUCCUAGUGCAUGAGAAAUAAAGAUUAUUUAAGUAACAA